AUUGCAGUGUCCAGGGGUCAUGCAAUCUCCUUUUUUGCGACCUUCUGACAAGCAAAGUCCAUGAGGAAGCCAGAUUCUCUUUAACAGCCAGAUUAGUAACUUUUAUCAACUGCAGUGAUUCCCUUAAGACGCUUGGCAAGGAAGGUGGUACAAUGGGACGAAACUCACUUAGAACAAAUUCUCACUUGGGCUCAGUUGUGGUCAUAAGUCGAGGACUUCCUGCACCGUCUGUCUGUUUGUGUUUUAUUCCAUGUACCUGGGGCUCCACUAUGUAUGGCUUAAGAGUGGAGGUAUAACAGAAUAAGAGUUGGAAGGGACCUUGGAGGUCUUCUAGUCAAACCCCGCCAGUCAAGAAGGAAACCCUAAACCUUACCUACAGAUCCACGCAUACAUCUGACAUGCACAUACACACACAUGCAAACACUUGUAAGCAUGUGUAUGUAUGUUAUGUACGUAUAGAUGCUUCUUUAUGCUAACCCAGAAGGUGACCGGCCCAAUCUCUCUUUCUCUCUCAGCCCAACCCACCUCACAGGGUUGUUGUAGGGAAAAAUAGGAAUAUGUUCGCCGCCUUGAAUUAUUUAUAAAAAAAAUUAAGCUGCCAUACAGAUAAAUAAAUAAAACAGUAGGGUGGACAUCUGCCUGCCCACUUUGGCAGCACCGCCUGCAGGGGGCGCCAGAGGGCGCCGUGACCCAUGCCGCGAAGAGGAAAAGAUUUUCCCCCGCCCUCCAAGGUCCUGAGCAGCCGUUCGUUUCGCCUCGCCCUCUUCCCGCCCAAACCGCUCCGCCUCGACACCCGUCCCGGAGGGGCGCGACGCCCUUCUUGCCCCGCAGCCCCGACCCACGAGGGAAGACAGGGGCAGCCGGGACACCCGUCAGAGACUCAGAGGAACGGAGGCCGCCCCUGUCACGGCCACCCUCUCCGGCUAGCGGAGGGGUGUGUAGUGGGGGGGGGGGUGCGUGACGUCACGGCCCCUCCCCGCGCCUGCCCGAACGCGGCCGCCCGAUCCGGCCCGUCGGCAUUUAAAGUUAGCGCCCAGCGUUUCUUCCCAUGGUGCCCCGCGCGGGCGCUUCUCCCGCUCCCUCCUCCCCUCGAUCGGGUCCGGCGGCCGCGGCUGCCGGGGCUCGCGCAGGCGCACCUCGCGCCCCGUCCGCCAUUUUGUGUCCGAGGCGACUGUGGAGCGAUUAAACCGCGAGCUGGUGCUGGGCGCUGGCGGUGGCCGCUAGCGGCGGGGCAGCGGCAGCGGGCGCUUGGCGGAGCCCAACGGGGCGGGGCCCGGGGCAGCAGGGGCGGCCCGGAGGCGCCUCCGGGGCAGGUUUCAGCUGAAAACAAAACCUGCAGGAAUUGUAGGUGGAAUAACCAGACCAGGGUACAAUGCCUGUGGAGGAACAAGUCAUACCAGAAUAAGAAAAGAAAUUAUCUUGGGAGAAAAAGAAAACAAAGAAGAUAGUUUAUGUGACUGAUGUGCCACAAUGGAAGGUGACAUGGAAGCAGAAGCAGUUGAAACCAUUGGGGAAGAAUCCGAAACUUUCAUUAAAGGCAAAGAACGGAAGACCUACCAGAGACGCCGGGACGGCGGGCAGGAAGAGGACGUCUGCCCGCUGCCGCCCAGCCAAGCAGAUGGGACUGAGGUAGUACAGGAGGUUAACGCCGGGGUUCAGAUGGUCAUGAUGGAACAGCUUGAUCCAACGCUGCUUCACAUGAAGACGGAAGUCAUGGAAGGUACCGUGUCACAAGAAGCCGAAGCCACUGUGGAUGACACCCAAAUAAUCACCCUCCAGGUCGUGAACAUGGAAGAACAGCCCAUCAACCUGGGCGAGCUCCAGCUCGUCCAAGUGCCCGUCCCAGUGUCCGUCCCUGUCGCUACCACGUCCGUAGAAGAACUUCAGGGGGCCUAUGAAAACGAGGUCUCCAAGGGUGGCCUCCAGGAGGGGGAGCCCAUGAUCUGCCACACGCUCCCUUUGCCCGAAGGCUUCCAGGUAGUCAAGGUUGGGGCCAAUGGCGAGGUGGAGACCCUGGAGCAGGAGGAACUUCAGCCUCAGGAGGAUCCUAACUGGCAGAAAGACCCAGACUAUCAGCCCCCCACCAAAAAGACAAAGAAAACCAAAAAGAGCAAACUCCGUUACACCGAGGAGGGGAAAGACGUGGACGUGUCCGUGUAUGAUUUUGAAGAGGAGCAGCAGGAGGGCUUGCUUUCGGACGUCAACGCCGAGAAAGUGGUGGGCAACAUGAAGCCCCCCAAACCGACAAAAAUUAAAAAGAAAGGUACGUUAGGCAGUUGAGCGUG